UCAGUGGGCAAAUGAAUAAUAUGUUUCCUGGUCUUCCACAGAUGCAGUUACCUGGUUUACCUCAGUUAAUGCCAUUCAAACUGCCGACGUUACCUCCCAUGAUGCCUCUCGGCAGUGGAGGUGACCCUUUCGGUCAGUUUAUCCGCAAUCUGGUUGCUAUGUUUCCAGGCCUGCAACCCCCCAAACCGUACGACUCAAAAAUAAGCCCGUUAACCCCGUCUGCACCUCCCCUACUGCUAACCCGACCCCCGCCUGGUGCUGCACCUGUCGAAGAAACUCCUAUUCCCAUCUCACCGUCCAUCCCUGCGCCCAUUCAGUUUCCUGACUUCCAG